AUGCCGCCGAGCCGCCCUGCCACCGAGCCGCCCUGCCGCCGAGCCGCCCUGCCGCCGAGCCGCCUUGCCGCCGAGCCGCCCGGAAGCCGAGCCGCCCUGCCACCGAGCCGCCCAGCAGCUGGACCGUCAGAGCUGCCCUGUCUGGUGAGCACAGUGCCUUCUCCCCCUGCACGGCCCUCCCUCCCCUACUGUUUACACUGCUCGUCAUCUGUAGUCAUAACUACCCCUAGUGUCCUCACGUUUGACACUGAGGGACGCGCCGUAGACUUUGAGGUCUGGGUCAACGACCUGCAGCUGUUCUUACAGUGCGAUAGGGCAGACGAUCUCUCUCUCUUUGACCUUACCUCUGGCGCUUCCCCUGCCCCUGCUGCUAAUGCUGACGCCACUGUUCGCUCCCAGUGGGCCACGCGCGACGCUGCUGCACGUCUUGCUGUGCGUCGCCACCUCCCUACCUCCGAGCGUGCGCACUUUAACCAUCACAAGAGUGCUCAGACCUUGUACGACGCUGUAGUCGCGCGCUACUCCUCCCCUGCCACUGCUGCACUGAGCCGUCUCAUGCUGCCGUACCUCUUCCCUGACCUUGCUGCUUUUCUCACCGUAGCUGACCUCAUCACGCACCUCCGCACUAGUGACACUCGCUACCGCGCUGCACUCCCUGCUGACUUCUGCGCCGCGAACCCCCCCCCCAUGUACAUCACUCAGUACUUCCUAGUCACUCGCCUCCCUAACUCCCUUCGCGUAGUCAGGGACCACUUUCUCUCAGUCUGUCCCACCACGCUCACCGUAGACCUCCUCGAAAAGGCCCUCCUAGCGAUAGAGAAGAGCAUCGUUGCUGUAGGAGCCUCUCGAGGUGACCCGCGCACCCCCAUCUUUGAGGGGUGUUCUCCCUCCCCCCUGCUGCCCUCUGUUGCCUCUGCUGCUGCGGCCGACCUCCUUGGUCUUGAGUCGGUCGGCGCGGCGUCUGCCCCUAGCGAGAGACGCCGCCCUGGCAAGGGCAAGGGGGGCAAGGGAGUUGGAGGAGCGGGCGGUGGAGGUGGAGGUGGAGGCGCGUCGUGA